CCGCUUGUCCUGAGCAGCCCCAUCCUUACGGAGGGUGAUGGAAGGGCCCCUGGAGGAUGGAAACUCCAGUGAAUGCCGUCUUCCUAAGCUUGCCGAUUGCCUCCUGGCCCGAGACCUCACCUGGGAGCUGCUGGCCAGUGGCAUGGCCGCCUUGCCAGGGACUCGGGAUGUAGAAGGCCGAGCAGUGCUGCUUCUGUGUGCCCACAGCCCCGCCUGGCUUCAUCCCACAUGCAGCAGCCCUGAACUCGUCCGCCUCCUUCUCUACUUGCGAAGCAUCCCCAGGCCCCAGAUACAGGCCUUGGGACUGACCGUGCUAAUUGAUGCCCGAAUUUGUUCCCCGAGCUCUUCCCUCUUCUGGGGACUCAGCCAACUACAAGAAGCAGACCCAGGGGCAGUGCAUCACGUGCUGCUAGUGGGAAAGAUGCCGGAGCAGGUGCCUUCUGAGCUGCAGCUGGCACAGGUGCCCUCUCAUCAGAGCCUGCUGACACACAUCCCCACUGCAGGGUUGCCCACUUCGCUGGGAGGAUGCCUGCCUUAUUCUCACCAGGCCUGGUUGGAUUUCCGGAUGCGUCUGGAAGCCCUACUGCAGAGCUGCCAGCUGGUUUGCGCCCUGCUCCAGGGGGCCAUCGAGAGUGUGAAGGAUAUUCCCCAGCCCAUGGAGUCUGGGGAAGCUGGUGGGCUGCUGCGGCAAACAAGGGUCUUAAUGCAACGGGUGCUGGACUCGCCCCAGCUAUCCUGGCUACAAUGCCAGGGGGCUGUGGAGCUGACAUGGCUGAAGCAGGAGGUCCCAGGGGUGACCCUGAGCCCGGACUACAGGCCGGCUGUGGACAAGGCCUAUGAGCUGUAUGGCUGCGUGGAUGGGCUAUUGCACCAGCUGACCCUUCAGAGCAAUCGGCAAAUACAGAUGCUAGAGCUGAUCCAAACACUGGAGGCCCAGGAGGGCAAGCUGCACCAGAUUGAAGUGUGGCUGCAGCAGGUGGGCUGGCCAGCGCUGGAGGAGCCCAGGGAGCCCUCGCUGGACAGGCUGCUCCAGGCCCAAGGCCCUUUUCAGGAGCUGGACCAGGUUGCUCAGGAGCAGAUCAGGCGAGGGGAGAAGUUUCUGCAGCCCCUGGCUGGCUGGGAGGCGGCCCAGCUGGGUCCUCUGGGGGCGCGCUUCCUGGCCCUGCAGGCCCAGCUGACCGACUUCUCUCAGGCUUUGGCCCAGCGGCGCCAGCGGCUGAUAGAUGCAGAGCGGCUGUUUCAGUUCCUCAAGCAGGCUUCGACGUGGGCUGAGGAGGGACAGCAGGUAUUGGCCGAGCUGGAGCACGAGCGCCCUGGGGUCGUGCUGCAGCGGCUGCAGCUGCACUGGACCAAGCACCCUGACUUGCCUCCUGCCCACUUCCGAAAGAUGUGGGCUCUGGCCACAGGGCUGGGUUCAGAGGGCAUUCGCCAGGAGUGCCGCUGGGCCUGGACACGGUGCCAGGACACUUGGCUGGGCCUGGACCAGAAGCUAGAGGCUGCACGGAAGCCAGCACCAACGGGCAGCACAGCUAGCCUGUGUGCCAGCAGGGUCCCCGCUGGACCUGCUAUCCCUCCUCUGAGGAAGGCCUACAGCUUUGAUCAGAAUCUGGGGAAGAGUCUCAGUGAGCCUGGCCACUACUGCCACCGUGUGGCCGUUGUGACCGCCUGCCGCAGGACGGAGGCUGGAGGAGGUGCCCAGCCAGGUUCAUCCCCUACUAUGCCUCUACCAGGCCCUAGCUGUGACCCCAGGAGCCCUAACAGGCUACAGCUGGUGCUGGCAGAGAUGGUGGCCACGGAGCAGGAGUAUGUACGGGCUCUUGACUACACCAUGGAGAACUACUUCCCAGAGCUGGACCGCCCUGAUGUGCCCCAGGGCCUCCGUGGCCAGCGCGCCCACCUUUUUGGCAACCUGGAGAAGCUGCGGGACUUCCACUGCCAUUUCUUCCUGCGUGAACUGGAGGCUUGCACCCGGCACCCACCCCGUGUGGCCUAUGCCUUCCUGCGCCAUAGGGUGCAGUUUGGGAUGUACGCACUCUACAGCAAGAACAAACCUCGCUCCGAUGCACUGAUGUCCAGCUACGGCCAUGCCUUCUUCAAGGACAAGCAGCAAGCACUGGGGGACCACCUGGACUUGGCCUCCUACCUGCUAAAGCCCAUCCAGCGCAUGACCAAGUAUGCGCUGCUGCUGCAGGAGCUGGCGCGGGCCUGCGGGGGCCCCGUGCAGGAGCUGAGUGCCCUGCGUGCGGCUCAGAGCCUCGUGCACUUCCAGCUGCGACAUGGCAAUGACCUGCUAGCCAUGGACGCCAUCCAGGGCUGUGACGUUAACCUCAAGGAACAGGGGCAGCUGGUGCGUCAGGAUGAAUUCAUGGUCCGUGCUGGGCGCCACAAGUCCCUGCGCCGCAUCUUCCUCUUUGAGGAACUGCUGCUCUUCAGCAAGCCUCGCCGUGGGCCUGCGGGUGUCGACACGUUUACCUACAAGCGCUCCUUCAAGAUGGCAGACCUUGGCCUCACCGAGUGCUGUGGGGAUCACAACCUGCGCUUUGAGAUUUGGUUCCGCCGCCGCAAGGCCAGGGACACCUUUGUGCUUCAGGCCUCCAACUUGGCCACCAAGCAGGCCUGGACAGCUGACAUCUCCCGCCUGCUCUGGAGACAGGCCGUCCACAAUAAGGAGGUGCGCAUGGCUGAGAUGGUGUCCAUGGGUGUGGGGAACAAGGCCUUCCGGGACAUUGCCCCCAGCGAGGAAGCUAUCAGCGACCGCAGUAUCGACUACGUCCUAAAGUGCCGAGAAGUUCGCUCUCGCGCCUCCAUUGCUGUAGCGCCGCUUGAUUAUGACAGCCCUUACAUGGGGGCCUCGAGCUCCCUGCCCGGAGACCCUGCCUCCUGCUCUGUUCUGGGGCCCCUCAACCUGCACCUGUACGGAGAUCCAGCUCUUCUGGGCCUCCACUGGCCCCUGAAUCCCCACAACUUCCCAGAGGAAGCAUCGUUGGAGGCUGAGGCAGAGCUGGGCAGCCAGCCCUCCCUGACUCCUGAGGAUUCUGAGGUCUCAUCCCAGUGCCCAUCAGCCAGCGGCUCCAGUGGCUCCGAUAGCAGCUGUGUGUCAGGGCAGACCCUGGGCAGGGGCCUUGAGGACUUAUCCUAUGUCUGAGCCUGGACUUGAAGGUGAGCCAUGAACCAGCAGUCUGUACUUCCACGGAGCACCCUCUGGAUCUGCUGUGACUGCACCUGUGACA